AUGAGUGAGGAAACUACUGUCGAAGGAAUAAGUGGAACAAUACCGCAACAGGUACUUCCAUUGGAAGUUAUAGAUAGAUCAAUCGGAAAGAAGGUUCGUAUAUUGAUGACAAGUGAUAAAGAAUUUCGUGGAACACUAAUAGGGUUUGAUGAUUACGUCAACAUGGUCUUGGAAGAUGUUACCGUUGUCACUGAUAAUAACGAUAAAGAUGAGCAAGAUGUAAUUGUCAAGAAAAUGUUGUUGAACGGUGGACAGGUGGCUAUGAUUAUUCCAGACGUGGUAAAUGCAUAA